UCUUAAUACCGCAGCUGCAGUCGGGUUCAUUGUGGGAUCAAUACGGGGAGAUCCGUGGUAGUGGCAAGCCAAGUGCGAUUGGCCCUGACGAUCGGGCACGGCGAUUGGCCGGCGCCGGCACUGCCAGGAGGCGGAUCCUGCUACAGACCUGUCGUCAGGGUGGCGGAAAAGGGGAAGAGGAUACGCGUCGCCGCUUGUAAACAGAGACGGGAACGGCUUAGAAAAAGACAGCGACAGGCACUAGGGAGAGAGGGUGACACACGGUGUCGUGUCUGGGGGUUCAGUCUGUGUUCACCCAUGAGAGACACACCACCAGCGGCGACACGCUCCGCUCACGUCGCGAGGGUGGCUCGUUUCGCUCGCCAACUGGUCAUCCUCGUUCACGAGGACCGCCUGUGUUACGCGUUGUAUGCAGGUGCAGGUCGCGAUUGGACGGUUCCCGUUGGAGAAGACCCUACCAAGAAUAGACUCGACUGUCUAAACAAUCAGAGUGAGACACAAACGAUGACACGAGUUAUGUGUGUCGUCUUGGGCAGCUGGUGGGUCCGCGAGAUGAAGUGUUGAGAACGGUGACGGCGGCUCCUCUCAUUAGCUAGGUGAAGUGUCGGUCAAAGUGUCCGUAAGUAUUUCUGAAAGAGGAUUAAAUAGAGAAUUCCACUUUGCGGGCAAUCUGCAGCUGUGAACAAUUGGAUAUUCUCGAAGCAAGUCGUGGAAUUAUAAUUGUGUGCCUCGGUCGCAGGUGGUUAUGUAAGACGACAGUGUGCAGUGUUGAAGUCAGUGAUACAACUAUUCUUAUCGAUCGAGAAAUCUCGGAAAGAAAGGAAAGUUUCGAGAAGAGAGCGGAAACCGGGCGACCGAUAAAAAAAACAUAAACAUACUCUUCGGAGAUUGUAUUGCCGGGAGGAAAGCCCUACCCCGCCCUAAAUGAUUCUCUUUAUCUUAUCGGUCGUAAAAGUCCUUCAUGAGUUAAAGAUAUGACGUCAUUCGGUAUACUCAGCUGAUGACGGCAACCUGAAUCCUUUUGGAUUCACGCAACCGUGCUCACCGUGAAAGGAGAAACGAGGAAGAGGAGCGAUCGACCGGUGCGUUUCUUGCUGCGCGUCUCAGCUAUCUGGAAGGAUUCAUCCUCAGUGCGUAUGUCCGUAAUUCGUCGCGCCUCAGUGAUCUCGAGAAAUACUGGAACUGUUCCUUAUCUACCGAGGUACACUGCAAGUGAUUAGAAUUACAUACGAGCAAGAUUAACGAGAAUACCUUGUGAUCAAUUAGCAAACAUCUAAUUUCCCACAAUUACACGCGCGUCUCUCUCUCGUUCCCCUCGCACGAGUUAUCGACGGCACAAACCGACGGUGGGUCGAACAACGUUUCUCGACGAACGACGUCGUCGUCCCUGUAUACAGAUUUAACGGCCGAGGAACUUUGGGAUCUCGGACAUUAUUGAAUAUUUAAAUCGACCACGGCGCAUAAUUCACGUCGGCGACGCGGGAGAAACCGGGAAACCAAGCGGAACUCUGUUUCACAGUGAUACUUUCGACUCUCCUCGUGAUAACGCGCUCUACGCAUUAGUCGCAGCCGGGAAUCUAACGUACUCCGUGAAUUCUGGGACAUUUGGAUCAAUUGUAUCGCGAUACCAAAUGAUCGAAGGAAGUCUGUGAUCGCGGCAAUAACAAUACGACCGAGGAGGCAGCCUGCGAUGCGCCGUGGCACGAGACGUUGUCCUUAAUGCCGGGCCGACAACGAAUCUAGUGGAAUCCCGAAUGGUAUCGAAUGUUUGAGUCGGCCGCGGCGCGCCAUUAACGAGGAGGUGAAUAAACUAAAGGGUGGUGUUCGAAAGGGUGGUGCAACGUUCGGGUACGCAAGUCUGCAAGCCAGCUCUGGGGUGCCGGGCCCGGGCGGGGUGAUGAGCUGCUCCGAGGUGAUGUAUCAAUAUUAUCCUUACCUCUACCAGACCCACCGGCCACCGCCGCCGCACCCGACUCACCCUCAUGCGGCCCCGCACAGCCACCCCCACGCCAAUCCACACGCGGCCCAUCACAGUCCAGCCAGGCCGGCGCCCUUUCAACCCUUCCCGGCAGCCACGGCGACGCAUCAGUAUGACAGGCUGAACGUUCACCAAAGGUCCCUGGAAACCGCCGGUAUCGAGCUUUGCGGCGCCGGCGGAAGCGUCCCCCAAGGUCAACCGAGCAGCGCGGGCUCCGUGGGCUCAGCACCGAGUCCCGCAUCCCCAAGGCCAACGCCGCAGCCACGACCACCCCUCGCCGCCGCCACCACUACCACCUCGCAGCCGUCGCGAACGUUGGACGACGACAGAUCGACAGACGGCGUAGGCGCCGGCACCGCCACCGAGGACUCCGACGACGGCGAGAGCAGGGCGCAAUACGUCAACGCGAACUGCGUCGUGUUCACGCAUUACCGAGGCGACGCGGCGUCAGAAGUCGAGGAACACUUUCAGCGGGCCCUCGCGCACGACAAGCUAAAGGAAAAUAUCUCCCCCAUGUCCAUGAGGAACUUUCCCCCUUCCUUUUGGAAUAGUCAGCAUCCCGGUGAUGUCUACGAGUACCCGACGGAUCCGUGGCAUCCGCAUUACCCGCAGUAUCACCACAGGGCGGUGCACGAAUACCACCACCAUAAUAUGGCGGCGGCGGCGAGCUACGGGGGUCUUCUUCUGGGUGGUGCACGCGGCCUCGGUCAUCACACGUCUCACCACGCGGCGCAUCACGCGCACGCCGCGGCGACCUACAAGGAGUGGACGUCGGCGACGCCGUCGCAGUCUCUCGUCGACGCGUCCUCGGCGCCGCCUUAUCCUCACGGCCACUACGCACCCCUCUCCGGUAAGACUCGAGUCUCAGGUGCAGGACUCCAAGGACCUCUACUGGUUCUAGGAUCGAAUGCUGGAGAUCAGCAGGAAGAGUACGGCUUUCUUAAAUUCGGACGACGACUGAACGAUGUUCGUACGUCGAUUAGUGAGAACGCUCGUUGACGUGAUUAAAAAAACCGUGGUUAAAAAAAGAAAGAAGAGAAUGAGAGGGGAAUUUUGUUGAGUAAAUUGCGACGGCGUCGUCGAGCGCUCGUCGUUGUCGUGUACAUAGUGUUACCUACGUCUCUUAAGGCUCUACUAUUAGCGUAAAUUCAGAUAGUAUUAGACGAAUACUUGCGCGCACUAUUACCUUCAUAGUGACUGCUGUCCGACAUUGAGAGGAUCCGUGCCGUGGGAACGCGGCCGAGAAUCGUCUUCGGCUGGUACAAUAGCGUAGUGCGAUUUAGACCGUCGGAAGGCACAUCUAAGUUUUCCAAAUAAUCGGCGAGUGUUCUCGAUUCUCCUGCGAAUGUAUGUGUGAUCCUAGAUUAAUUGAUCGAGUAAUUAUUUGAGGAGGUAAACGAGAACAGGCUAUCCGUACUCGAGGAUUCAGCCGUAAAAGCGAGUGGAUCCUCUGGUGAAGUUUCGACGAAGUCGGGAAUCGAGGCACCGUACGGAUAAUUAUUUGGCAAAUUUAGCUGCCGACUUAAGUAAAGUAUUUAUUGACCAAUGAUCUUGCCAUAUAUAUAUAAAUAUUAUAUAUAUAUAUAUAUAUAAUAAUUAUUAUUAUUAUUAUAUAUUAAUUAUUAUUAUUAAUGUAUGAUAAACAAUGGGCGCCGCAAAUAUUCUGAAGUCCCCCCGGUUAGCAAAUUAAAAUAGUUAUUACCCGACGAGUCAGCUAUUUUUUGCACUCCCGGCUGCACCUCUUUCGCACUUCUUAUCCCGCCAUCUCGGAUCUUUCCAUCCACCCGCCUACGUCAUCGUUUAGCAUUUAUUCGGUGUCAUCGUGCCACCGUGUCGCUUACCCUUAGCACAGCAG